UUAAAUAAAUAUUGAUAUCUUUAUUUUCAUAUUUUUUUUAUAAUUAUAUCAUUUAAAAAAAGUAACUUUAUAUAUUUUUUUAAAUUAAUUUUUUUAUUUAUAGGUUAUGUAAUUUUUUUUUUUAAAUAUAUUAAUAAAUAUAAAUUUUUAUUUAAAACUUUAUGAAAAUUAAUCAUUCAUUUUAUUAGUUUUUUACAUCUUUUGACUUAUUAUUUACUAUUUAUUAGGAUCCA